UAUCUGUAGUAAAGAAUUUUUGUUUGUUUUCUUGAAAAGAAAGAACUAUACAGGUAUAAGAUACCAUAAUGAUAAAGAAAGCAUGUUAAUAAUGCCAGUUCUAUUUUUAAGAAAUUAUUACUUUGCCCCAUCAAAAGAUGAAGAAAUUCUCACUUGAAGGCAUUUGCAACUUGAUCAAGAACUGUGAAAAGCCCAGUUUYGUUGGUCAUGUAUUAUCAGUAUUGGAGCAAACUGAAGUAGAUUUCAAUUCAAAACUACCUAACUCAAAGUCUGGACUCACUCCAUUUUUGUGUGCUUGUAUAAGUGGAAGUAAGGAACUUKUAGAGUACAUGUUGAAACAUGGGGCAGAUAUCAAUUAUCGCAGUUCUUAUCAAGAUAGUCCACUUCACAUAGCGACUUUUGCGUGUGCAAGUCAAAGCAAUAAAGAUGAUUUUAGAGUGCUAACAACUCUUCUUGAAGCUGGAUGCAAAAUAAAUUCCAAAAAUUGGAUUGGAAAUACACCUCUUUGUAUUGCGGCAUCUUAUGAUAAAGCACGACUUAUUCGUUUCUUGAUAUCCCAAGGGGCAGACCCAAGCAUUUGCAAUAACGAUGGGAUAUAUCCGAUCGAUUUUGCUUCAAAUGCAGGGAACCAACAUCUUACCAGCUUACUCAGGUUUAAAGUAUCAGACUCUCAUGUAUGGGAAUUCAUAGAACCGCACACUCCUCCAAGAAUCAAACUUGGACUCCAAACUCCACGUAAAAAGCAYCUGGCUGACUCGUCAUUURUACCCAGCAGCAAGAGAAAACUGAAUACGUUUAGAACGCCGCGCCCUGGACGUUCCUUUUUGAAACAAACACAUCGUAAGUUAAARUAUAAAGUUGAUUUGUGUUAGAGUUUGUUGUACAAAACUUGCUAACCAAGCAAUGAAACUAUUUACAUUUGUAUAUAAAGAAUUUGUAAAUUGGUAAAAAUCAUGGUCUAACCUACAAUUAGCCUCAUAAAUCCAGUAACUAUGUUAUGAGUAACAUUUUAUGUACUUAUUUUUAUAAUAAUUGUUAUUGUCAUGAUGAUGAAUGUUGGAAUUUGCUUUGAGUAUUUGUGCUAAUUUUUAAGCAGAUAGUUCCAAAACGCCUCUUAAUAGAUAUAGAAUAGAUGUUAUAUAUAUAACCAAUGCCGUAUCUCAUUAAUUCAUUGAGCCAAAUUYUCUCAGUUGACCUUCUUUAUUCUAUGAUAGAAAAAUAUGACCCUGAUACCAUUCUGAAAUGUAGUUUUUAGUUUUAAAAGAACAGUUGUUAUUGUACAAAGUUGGUAUUAAUUUAAUAAUCUUUUGUGGACAAUUGUACUUGUUGUUUGAAUAAAGAAUUAGUUCUUAAAGGUGACAACUAUGUCAUCCUGGACGAAUA